AUGUUCUACGACUCGCGGCACCUGUCGUACUAUGCGCGACGCAGCUUAACGUCGCGACCGGCGACCGGCGAACGACGUCGGCGAAGGAGGCGAAGGAGUAGGCUGCGAAUAAUGUGAUUGGUCGAUUAGAAGGGGCGCGCGGUUGCUAAGCAACGGCAACACCGCGCGCGUCACCGGCCGGUGUACCCGGCACUGAGCGAGCGAGCGAGCGAGCGUUCCUACCACUGUGUGCCGUGCCAGAAAAUUACGCGGAACAGAACGACGUUGGCUCUCGUCGGGUGCAAACGUGCUUAAGGUUUUCGAUACGCGAUCCGAGUAACUCGUCGAAGCUCUGCGAGUACACACACACACACGUAUUCUCGAAGAAAAAGAGACUUUCGUCGGUGUUCGCGCGCUUUUUACCGAGAGAAUCGUUUCGAGAAAAAUGGCAGAGGACAAGAACGAGACAAGCCCGAGCGCCGAGGGUGAAAAACCACCGCAGGAAGCGGCGCCGUCGAAGCCCGAGAACGAGGAGCAAAGAGAAAAUAAAGAAGAGGAGAAGAAAGUCGAGGAGAACGGCGAUGGUGAUAGUAAACCGAAGGAGAACGGCGAGGAGAAACCGACGCCGGAGCCGAAGGACAUGCGGGCCAUAGUACUGAACGGUUUCGGAGGUCUAAAGAGUGUCAAGGCGCUGAGGAAGCCGGAGCCCGGCCUCGCCGAAGGAGAGGUCCUUAUCCGAGUCAAAGCAUGCGGACUCAACUUCCAAGAUCUGAUGGCCAGGCAGGGCGCUAUCGAUUCCCCACCGAAAACCCCUUUUAUCAUGGGAUCCGAGUGCGCAGGAGACAUCGAGCAAGUCGGCGAGGGCGUGGAGAACUUUAAAGUGGGCGAUCGAGUGGUCGCGCUUCCUGAUCACAAAGCGUGGGCAGAGCUCGUCGCCGUGCCGGCCACGUCCGUCUUCGCGCUACCAGCCGGGAUGAGCUAUCUCGAUGCAGCGGCCAUCACCAUGAACUACACCGUCGCUUACAUACUCCUCUUCGAAUUAGCCAAUUUAACGCCCGGCAAGAGUCUGCUGCUUCACAGCGUCGGCGGUGGCGUGGGACAAGCAGUGGUUCAGCUGGCCAAGACCGUAAAAGAUGUGACCAUCUUCGGCGUUUGCAGUAAAUCGAAGCACGAGGCUCUGAAAGCUGCCGGCACCAUCGAUCAGCUGUUGGAACGGGGCACGGACUAUUGUAACGAAGUCAGAAAGAUCUCCCCGGAGGGCGUGGACAUCGUCCUAGAUUGCCUCUGCGGCGAAGAAUGCAACAAGGGUUACGCGUUGCUCAAGCCCAUGGGGAAAUAUAUCCUUUAUGGAUCCAGUAACGUCGUCACCGGAGAAACUAAGAGCUUCUUCUCCGCCGCGCGAUCGUGGUGGCAAGUGGACAAGGUCUCGCCCAUCAAACUGUUCGACGAGAACAAGACCCUGUCCGGCUUGAACCUUCGUCACUUGAUGUACCAGCACGGUAGCCACGCGUACGUGCGGCGAGCGGUGGAGCGCGUGUUCGCUCUGUGGAACGAGGGCAAGAUAAAGCCCGUGGUAGACUCGACGUGGGCCCUGGAGGACGUGCCGGAGGCCAUGCAGAAGAUGCACGAUCGCAAGAACAUCGGUAAGAUCGUGCUGGAUCCGAGCCUGGAGCCGAAACCGAAGCCGGCGACUCCUGCCAAAGGCAAGGCGAAGGACAAGAAGGCGGCCAACCAGGAGAGCCAAGAUAAGAAGGCGUCUAGCGUAGAGUCCGAGGACGGCGAGAAGAAGAAGGAGCCCGAACUGACAAACGGGACGUCCGAGGACAAAUCCGAUAGUGAUUCGAAAGAGAAAGAAUCGAGCUGAAUUAGCGGCGCUAGCUAAUUUCUCAAUAACGCGUAUAUACAUAUAAGAAAUAUAUCUAUAAAACGAAACUGUAAGACCGAUAUUCCGUGAAGAUCAACAGUUCUGCAGAUAAGCGCUCUAUUACUCCUCACUAUCCAGAGCUCUGCUAGGUUCGUCGCGCCACGCGACGUUGACGCUUCAUUAAUUAUGUAUAAUGAUCUCCGUAAAGUAUCGAUAUAGUAUGCCGAUGUGCGAGUAAUCGUGAGAAGACAGAUACAGUGAUGAGAGUCGAGAAACAGGAACGAGAAGAUUUUAAGAUGUUCAGCUUUGAGGUAAGAUUCAACGAGAAAAUACUAAAAAAAAAAGAAAAAAGAUGGAUAGGUUCCGCUACGACGCUGCUCUGCGCUCUCCUCCCGCCUGUUUGCAUCGAGUCUGUCGAUGGGAACCGUCGAGGAUAAGGGAGUAAACGCGUUCGUAAACCAGAGGGAACGAGACCAGAGAAAAAAGGACUUGCAACCAAAUACAAAGAAACAAUAUCAUCAAUCUUGACGUGGUCCACGAGUAGUUUGCAGAGUAUAAGAAUCAUUAUUUUUAUUUUUUCACACUGACCAAAACGAUUGAUUUUCAUAAUGAUAGAAUGAGAAAUGAGUCGGACGCGUCGGAGUUCGGCGGGCGAUCUUCGAUCGGUUUUCUACCUUCUUCGUUUUCUCGUCCACACCGUGCGUCGUCUUGUCGUCACUCGUCACGAAAAGGGAAACGAACGAAAACGAGGAUGGCAGAAGUGAAGGUCGACCAACGAUUCCGAGCUCCGCUAUACUUUUAUCUACUGCAUCGACUGCUACUGCUGGCGCGAAUAUAUGCACGCGCAGCGAUAUUUUACACACUAUAAUAGUACCAUUUAACUGUAAUUUAAGAGCAUACGUUGACGAUGAUAAUCUGAAUCAGUUGUACAGGGAGGGGGAUGAAAAUCGAGUUAGUUAGAACCCCAUAUCUGAGAAGGCUGAAAACGAGACACAAACGACUGUACCACUUCUUAUCGUAUGUACAUCUCCGAUCUUUUCGAGAACGCGUUUUUUUUUUUUUAUUUCCAACAUUUUUAACAACAGCCACGCACGAAUAUUCGCCAUAGCGUUUUAGAUGAUUCUUUAUGAAGACAAACGACUGAAAGUACUGAAUCGCGCGACUGCCUAAAGGAGGGCGCCGAUUAUCGUCGGCGAACAAUCAAUCUUUGCAACGAUACGUGCUCUCUCUUUCUAAAACGCUUGUACGUUUCGGUUUUUAAAUAUCGCGGAACUGCUUCAACGUGGCGGCUGUCAUUUUAAUCGGAGUCCCGAUUUAGAAGGACGUUUAAGAUCGUAUGAAAUUGUAUGUAAAAAUUGAUUUUUCGAGAACUCGUAUUCGAAUGAAUGAUCUCUUUUAUCUCUUAACGACGAUUAUCGUAAUUUAUUUGAUUGUGCGUAGCGGAAUGAACGACGAUGUGAGAAAAGAAGGAAAGAAACAAAAUAAAUAUUUUAACUUCCGUGUGUGAAUUAAGUGAGGAAUCAGACAGACAUACUAUAUUUUAAACAAGAGAGUUUGCAAUCGGUCGAAUCUUUGCCCGACACAUUUUAUUUUAUAAUUCAGUGCGUAUAAACGUACGUAAGAAAUGCACGCUAGCGCGAUCGAUUCGUCGAAUCAAGAAUGAAUGGAAUUUACUGACGGUCGACAGAAGGUUGACAUAUGAAACGAGGAGGAAAAAUUCUUCGCGUGUCGCUCGAAAUUUUACUGUGAAACGAAAAUGAGAAAAAAAAGAGAAAGCUCCGAUAGGAGCAGAUCGAUGCAGAUCGAAAUGCAUAUCUCUCCGAAACGGUUGGAACAAUUUUUACGUAACUCGAUUCUGUUAGAAUUUUAUACUAUAUAGCUCUGUAUACCGAUAUAUCUAUACGCGAUCGGGAGAAAAGGAUCACUAUUAACGAAGAAAAAAAAAGUUGCGGACGAAGGGGCGCUAUACAUAUUAUAUAUAUAUA